GAUCCGGGUCCUACCGCGCCACCCUACCUACUUAACUUGCGCUCCACACGCCGACCCGCGCGCGCCUCACUUGAUGACCCCUUCCCUUCGCCACCACGUUGCUAACAAACAAGCUGCGCCACCGCACGAGUGCACCUCGGCUGUAGGAGCUAUCUAGCUACCUUGCAAUGGCGCCGCGGCUGCUGGCGUGCUUCGGCCGCAGGGGCGGCGCGACGGCCUCGGCGCCCGAUGAAGCAGAGGACCAGCAGCAGGUCGCCCCGGGCCCGGUGUUGGUGGAGCUGUUCUCGUCGCAGGGCUGCGCGGCGUCGCCCGAGGCGGACGCGGUGGCUGCGCGGCUGGCGCAGGACUCCGGCGAGGGCUCGGUGGUGGUGCUGGGGUUCCACGUCGACUACUGGGACUACCGCGGGUGGAAGGACCCCUUCGCGUCCAGCGCCUGGACCGUGCGCCAGAAAGCCUACGUGGAGGCGCUCAGCCUCGACACGCUCUUCACGCCGCAGAUCGUCGUGCAGGGCCGCGCUCACUGCGUCGGCACCGAGCAGGACGCGCUCGCGCAGGCCGUCCGCGACGCGCCGCGGUACCCCGCCCCCGCCAUGAAGGUGACGUUCCAGCGGCCGAACCCGACGACGCUGCAGGCGUCCUUCACGGGGGCGCUGCGCAGCCGCGUGGAGGGAGCCGGCGGCGCGAGCGUGCUGGUGGCGCUGUACGAGAACGGGCUGGUGACCGACUGCGGACGCGGCGAGAACAAGGGCAAGCCACUGCUGAACGACCACGUGGUGCGGCGGCUGGAGAAGGUGGCGGCCGUGCGGGAGGGCGCCUCGGCGAGGAAGGCCGUCUCAGGGACCGUGCAGUUCCCGCUCUGGGACGGGUUCCGCGCCACCAAGUGCGGCCUCGUGCUCUUCGUCCAGAACGCCGCGCUGCAGGUGCUCGGCGUCCAGCACUUUGACCUGCCCGACAACGUGUGAGCGUCACUGGGCGCUGCGCGUUGCGCUCCCGGAGGUGUGGUGGUGCGUGUGAUAUUCUUUGUACGUAGCGUUUGAUUGCCGUGUGUACUGCAGUAGGAGAUUGCUGGAGGGGUUAGGGUACACGGAAAACUGAACAUCUCCUUCACUUUUCUGCACAAUGGUAUGGGUACUCUGUUUUUUUGUA